AGGAUGACGCGUUACGUCACGGUGGGCGGAAGUCCCGGCCGCUGUUUUGAAAUCAGGCCGCCGGAGUCUUUGAAGCACCUUUCAUCCGGGAGGCCGGCGGCAGCCCAGCGCCGGGCGAGGCCCCUGACGCUUACUCUCAGGCUCCGCUGGCCUAAGGCCGCAGCGUCGCCAUGUCCACCCCUCCGUUGGCGGCGUCGGGAAUGGCGCCGGGGCCCUUCGGCGGGCCGCAGGCUCAGCAGGCCGCCCGGGAGGUCAACACGGCGUCUCUCUGCCGAAUCGGGCAGGAGACGGUGCAGGACAUCGUGUACCGCACCAUGGAGAUCUUCCAGCUCCUAAGGAACAUGCAGCUGCCAAAUGGUGUCACUUACCAUACUGGAACGUAUCAAGACCGGCUAGCAAAGCUCCAAGACCAUCUUCGCCAACUUUCUAUUCUCUUCAGGAAGCUGAGACUGGUCUAUGACAAAUGCAACGAAAACUGUGGAGGGAUGGAUCCCAUCCCAGUGGAGCAACUAAUUCCGUAUGUGGAAGAAGAUGGCUCAAAGAAUGACGAUCGGGCUGGCCCACCUCGUUUUGCUAGUGAAGAGAGGCGAGAAAUUGCUGAAGUAAAUAAAAAACUCAAACAGAAGAAUCAACAGCUGAAGCAAAUUAUGGAUCAAUUACGAAAUCUCAUCUGGGAUAUAAAUGCCAUGUUGGCAAUGAGGAACUAAACUGAUAUUUAAAUUUCCUGCUUUACUUGUUAUGCCAUUCCCCACCCCCAAGUGUUUUUUCCCUUUGAAGAUUAUUUAUCUGCUUCUAUUCUACUCACUAGAAUUAAAGUUCCUGUUUUUACAUUGUAAUUUUACAUUAAAGUAUUCAUUGGCAGUUUUUUUUAAGCUAUUGAUUCUAUGAAAGAUUAUUAUAAUAAACUUUGAUAGGGCUUAUGUUUUGGUUAAUCUUCAUGAAUUGAAUUUUUUAAGCAAAGUAAUUAAGUUUUGUAAAUAAAUUUUUCAAUUUGA